AAAACUUGUCUUACUACUUACUCCACUCUAGAAUACCAAGACACGUACCAACAGUUUGUAAGUAUAAAACAAGUAUUCACUGCUUGCAGUUUAUCAUUUACAAUUUGAACGUAUCAAAAUCAAUAUGUUCUCCAAAAUCGUAACCCUAUGCGCCUUUGCGGCUGUGGCCCAGGCCGGUCUCCUGGUUGAGCCGCACUACUCCUCGGCCGCUGCCGUCUCCUCGCAGAGCAUCGUGCGCCACGACCAGCCCCAGGCCGUGGCCCACAAGUUGGUGGCUGCCCCCGUCGCCUACCAUGCCGCUCCCGCUCAUGUCGCCUACCACGCCGCUCCUGCUCCCGUCACGUACCACGCCGCGCCCGCCCCCAUCGCCUACCACGCUGCUCCUGCUGCCAUUCACUAUUCUGCCCCUAUCGCUAAAGUAGUAGCCCAUCAUGAGGAAGAAAUCGCUCACCCCAAAUACGAGUACUCUUACUCCGUGGCUGACGGACACACCGGCGACAACAAGUCUCAGCAGGAGACCCGCGACGGAGAUGUCGUGAAGGGCUCUUACUCUUUCCACGAGGCUGACGGCUCCAUCCGCACCGUGGAGUACACCGCAGACGACCACAAUGGCUUCAACGCGGUGGUGCACAACACCGCCCCCACGCACGCGCCCGCCGUCAUCAAGGCUGCGCCCGUCUACGCCGCUCCCGCCUACUACCACCACUAAUAUAUUUAGGGAAAUUGUUACCAAAGAUGAUAGAAAGAAACUGGCGAUAAUUGUUAAACAUUUAUUUAUUUCAUGCAAUACAUAAAAGGUGUCAAAAAUUAAA